AUGCUCCAUCAAAUUUUGAAGAUUGGUAUAAACAGGAGAUGCUUUGGUACGGGUCAGACUCUAAAUAAGCACCAGAAUCUAGUUAAACUCACAAAUUCAAUUAAGCAAACCUUAAAUUCAACAAAGGGAGAUGUCAAAGUUGAUACAACUACGUUCACUAAAAUGAUCAAAGAUGUACUUAAUUUUAACUCAAAGAGAAAUGAAGUCCAAGUUUCAAAGCUUAUUGAUGAUAUCUUAAGCUCUCCGAACUUCAAAAUAAAUCAAGAAUCAUUAAAGGAGAUAAUGGUAUUAAAACCACCAGCAAGUCAUAUAAUAAAAAUCAUCAACGUUUAUUAUGCCAAAAAUCCAGAGGCACAUAUUCCUAGAUCGACAGCGAUGCUUCCUGUCAGGCAUUUAUUAUGGGAUGGUGACAUUGAGUCUGCUACAAAGGUGGUCGAACUUACCACCGGGUCACCUCAAUUCAUUGCAUACAAAAGGCAAAAACAAGCUCAUACCUUGAUGAAAUAUUUCGCUGGUCUUGGUGGAUUAGUCGGUACUGUCGAUAUUGGUUUUAGAAGUGCUGGCUUAGAACCAAUGGUUGGUGUUUAUGCUAUGAUUGUUACAUAUGUCUUGAAUAUGACACUUUUCGCGACCUUAUCAUUCAGUGAUAAGAUUACAGGUCAAUCGCCACUUAUUCAAUUCCAAAAAGGUGUUUCGCAAAUUUAUAGAUCUAGACAUUCAGAUGAACUUGAAAUGCUCACAAGAGUUGCUGAGGUUGACUCUAAGCUUAAUGGUGUUGAAGGGUUUUUAAGUGCUAACUUUGUGCAUAAACUAGAUAGUAAAGACUUGGAACCUGUUGAGCCUGAAAGUGAAAUAAUGAUGCAAGAAUAUUGGUUAUCUGGUGGUGAUAAUUUUGAAUGGUCCGAGCCUGAUCAAGAUCCUGCUGAUAUUAUAUGGGAAAAGAGAAUCAAUGAGCUAAGUCCUAAAACAUUGAAAAGUGGAACCAAGUGGACAGAGACGCUUAUUGAAGCCGAUCCUGAAACCCCAACAAUUACUGAUUUUCAGGGAGCAGCUCCUGUCUAA